CACGUUACACCGGAUAGAUCUGAUGCCGCCGGUGCAAUCUGUCUUAUUUGGCGAAGUUUCUCAUAUAAUUAUUGCAAGUUGUAGAACAAUUAUUAUUUUUUCUCUACACAAAGUGUAAAUAUUUUCUAAGAGACUUAUUUAUUUAAUUUUUAUUUAACAUGGCUGGCACUACAACGGACAAUGUUGAGCAUAAUGCCGAUACAAAUAACAUUGAGAAAGCCCGAGAAGAGCCAGGAAACGAAAUAACGCCCGAAUGUCUCGUCAAGCAUCCGUUGCAGAACCAGUGGACUCUGUGGUACUUGGAGAACGACAGAAAUAAGUCCUGGGAAGACAUGCAGAAUGAAAUAACCAGCUUCGACACGGUCGAAGACUUUUGGAGCUUGUACAAUCACAUUCGGGUGGCGUCGGAAUUGAAGCAGGGCAACGACUACUCACUCUUCAAAAAGAAUAUCCGACCGAUGUGGGAGGAUGCAGCCAACAAACGUGGCGGUCGAUGGGUUUUGAAUUUAAACAAACAGCAACGUCGCAACGAAUUGGAUGCAUUGUGGUUGGAUAUUUUGUUGUGCUUAAUCGGGGAGUCAUUCGAAUAUUCUGACGAUAUUAAUGGUGCAGUCGUCAACAUUCGCCCGAGAGGAGAUAAAAUUUCAAUCUGGACAGCCGAUGGUACAAAUCAAGAAUCGAUUUUGAGUAUAGGCCACAAAUUAAAGGAAUGUCUUCGGCUACCGAACGAAGUUCAGAUCAGCUACGAACUGCAUAAGGACACGGCUAACAAGCAAGGACCGAAGAUGGCAUUCACGAUAUAAACAGUUCUGAUUUAAUAUUUUGGUGUUGAGAAGCCGACUCAACACUCAGCACUAACAGCAACACAAUACUUAUCGUCGGUAAAAGAUUAUCAUUUUUUUUUUGUUUAUUGGAAAAAUCAUUUCUUAUUUCUUUGGAUUUAUAACCUCCCCCCGAAAAGUCAAUGAAAUAAAAAGAAAAAUUAUUUCGAAAAGCUAAAGUUCGAAUUGAC